AUGGGAAAAACCACCAUUCAAAAUGUCAUCAAUGAUAGUCUCUUUUGUCCACUUCAAUCACAAAUACGCAAUUCUACACUAGAACCUUUUGCACGACGAGUAGGUGGUUUAAACAUCAUUGAUACGCCCGACAUAUUUGACAAUCAAAAUACGUUAAGUAAUUGCCACAUGACUCAACAUGGUCUGAAUAUUAGUGGAUUUCAGAUUCCAUUUACUAGUGGUAAUCUUCCUUUAUUUGGAUUUGUAUUUAACAUUCGACAAGGAAUUAAUUCAGAAGAUAUAACAGCCAUACUUAAUUUCAAAAAGAAAUUUACUCGAUUUAGUCGAAAGAUGUUUUUGAUAUUGACACAUUGUGAAGAAAAGACUGAAAAUCAAAGAUUAGAAUUAAUUGAAGAAUUUUUCAAUCAUUCUCGUUUCAUGAAUAAUCAUGUACGUCAAUUCUUUGAACGUGGUGUUCUUUGUAUGGGUUGUAUACGACGUGAAUCACUUGAAAGUGGUAAUCGAAAAGCAUUGAAUUUCGAACAUAAUCAAGUAUUACAAAUGCGAGCUGAGUUCAUUCGACGAUGUCAAGAUAAUGACAGAGGAGGAUGGAUGAAUGAAGAUGAUGAUGAAAUUCAAUUUAAUGACAUGAUUGCAGAAGUAAAACGUUGGAGUGCUAGUAAAAAUAAAUAUCCGUUUCGUCAAACCAUAACACAUAAUCUUUUGUUAAUGGGUAAAACUCGUACUGGUAAAACAACAGUAGCUAAUGUACUGGCUGAUCCAUGCUAUGUUCCUCCUGAUGCAAAAUUACAUUCUGAGACAAGAGAAGUAUCCGUUCAUCCUGUCGCUGCAACAAUGAUUCGUGAGAAUAUUGUUUAUUGUUUCAAUGUGGUUGAUACACCUGGUUUAUACGAUAAAGUAACAAAAAGUGGUACUCCAAUGACAAAUGAUCGAAUUAAAGCUGCUAUUGAUGAGUGCAUAAAAAAAGAUGUAACUAAUAUGCAUCUAUUUGCUUUUGUAAUAAGUUUACAAAGUAAUGUGGAUGUUGAUGAUAUCAAUUCAAUGGUAUUCGUUAGAGAUAAUUAUCCAAAACUUCAUCAGUUUAUUUGUUUACUAGUAACACAUUGUGAAGAAUCGACUACAGAACAACGAGAAGCAAAAGUCAAUGAAUUUUUUGAUUCACAAGAGGUUGUUAAUCAUAAAUUGAAAGAGUUUUUUGCUCAAAAAAUUUUCUACAUGGGUGCAUUACGUCCAGAAUUGAAAACUCAUCCAAAUAAACAAUCAGUUCGUCAACAAAUUCGAAAUGUUCAUAAAAUGCGAGAAACAUUUCUCGAAUAUAUCAUUGCUCUUGACGUUAAAGAUUCUUUCAAUAUUCAUCGUGUAGACAUGCAAGGUGGCUGUACUCUGCUCUAA